AUGGAGGUUGGAAACCACACCAUCAUUACAGAGUUCAUUAUUUUAGGUUUAACACAAGAUCCUAUACUUGGUGUCAUCUUCUUUGUGAUAUUUCUAGGAGUCUACUUUGUUACCAUAGUAGGUAAUAUCAGCAUCAUUAUUUUAAUAAGAAGCUGCCCCCACCUUCACACCCCCAUGUACCUCUUCCUCAGUCAUUUAGCUUUUGUGGACAUUGGGUACUCCUCAUUAGUCACACCUAUAAUGCUUGUAGAAUUCCUUGGACAUAAAAUAAUCCUCUUUGUUGCUGUCUGUGAAGCCCAGUUCUAUUCUUUGGUCAUGUUUGGGACAACUGAGUGCUUCUUGCUGGCUGCUAUGGCCUAUGACCGCUAUGUGGCCAUCUGUUCACCCCUGUUCUACUCUACCCACAUGUCCCCCAGAAUUUGCAUCCUCUUAGUGGCAGCUUCCUACCUGGGUGGGUGUGUAAAUGCUUGGACAUUUACUAGCUGUUUAUUGAGUUUAUCCUUCUGCGGAUCCAAUCAAAUAGAUCACUUUUUCUGUGAUUUCUCCCCUUUGUUGAAACUUGCCUGUUCAGAUGUUUCCGUCAUUCAAAUUAUCCCUUCCAUCUCUUCUGGCUCCAUUAUUGUAGUCACUGUGUUUGUCAUAGCUCUCUCCUAUUUCUACAUUCUUAUUACCAUCCUGAAAAUGCGUUCCACUGAAGGGAGACAUAAGGCCUUCUCCACUUGCACCUCCCACCUCACUGCAGUUACUCUCUAUUAUGGGACUAUUACAUUCAUCUAUGUGAUGCCCAAGUCCAGCUACUCAAUUGCCCAGAACAAGGUAGUGUCUGUAUUUUACACAGUGGUGAUUCCCAUGUUGAAUCCCCUUAUCUACAGUCUGAGGAACAGAGAUGUGAAAGAAGCCCUGAAAAAGGCAACUGCCAGAAUAUGUUCUUAA